UGUCAUAAGCCAGGGAGCAAACCUAGCAAUAUUCCGGUGUGGAUCCCUGACCUGUAGCAGAGGAGCGAGCCGGGGGGGAGGGGUUUUCUUCGCGGCUCCUGGCCCAGUUCUCUCUCCUCCUUCCCGGGUCAACACACUCCUGACCUGCUCUGCAUUACAGCUGUGCCUGAGACCUCGCCAGGGCCUAACUCGCCAUUCCUGUCCGCACCCAUCCCAGCGGAGUCCGCUGGACACCCGCGGGCCGCCCCGUCUGUCUAGCGCACCUCGCUUGGCUCUCCCCCAGCUAGCGGAUUGCUCAUCAGCUGUCACCGCUGCUGGAGAGGGGACGCAGCGUCCUGUAACCCUGACGUAAAGACUCCUUCUCUUGCUAAUGCAGGCACGGGGCGUUUUUUUAAAAGGCUUCGGUCUGGCUCUGCGUGUCGUCGCCAGUCUGUGGACACCUCAUCAGCUGGUUGUUAAAACCGACUUUCCUGGUACUAGCUGAGCCCUCACGAAAGCUCAUGCUCAAAUAAAUUGGGAGAGUUCUGCUUUGCCGUCCCCAGCUGGAAACACCGUGCCCGCGGGCGCAGACUGCCAUGAACUGUCGCGCUGAGGUGCUGGAGGUGUCGGUGGAAGGCCGCCAGAUCGAGGAGGCCAUGCUUGCCGUGCUCCACACCAUCCUCCUCCACCGCAGCACCGGCAAGUUCCACUACAAGAAGGAGGGGACCUACUCCAUCGGGACGGUGGGGACGCAGGACGUCGACUGCGACUUCAUUGACUUCACCUACGCCAGGGUCUCCUCCGAGGAGCUGGACCGAGCGCUGAGAAAGGCCGUUGGGGAAUUCAAGGACGCCCUCCGAUACUCAGGCAGCGACGGCAUCGGGCAGAUCUCCCUGGAGUUCUACCAGAAGAAGAAGUCACGCUGGCCCUUCUCGGACGAGUGUAUCCCCUGGGAGGUGUGGACCAUCAAGGUCAACGUGGUGAACCUGGCCAACGAGCAGGAGCGGCAGAUCUGCCGGGAGAAGGUGGGGGAGAAACUGUGCGAGAAGAUUAUCAACAUUGUGGAGGUGAUGAACAGGCACGAGUACCUGCCCAAAAUGCCCACCCAGUCGGAGGUGGACAACGUCUUCGACACAGGCCUGAAGGACGUGCAACCCUACCUCUACAAGAUCUCCUACCAGAUCACUGACUCCCUCGGUUCCUCCGUCACCACCACCAUGCGGCGGCUCAUCAAAGACACGCUGGCACUGUAGGGCCUGGGGGCAGGGGGCUUGCACCUUUCUGCUCCCUGUCACACAGGAUGACCCAGGGUGUCCUGGCAAGUAGAAUCGUCUCAGAGCACAGUCCCAGCGGGUGUUUGCCCGGGCAGGCCUCUCUGCUUAGACCCCUCCCAUCCAUCUGUACAUUUCCGACGGAAGCUUUCUGCAGGCUGGACUUGGGCUGGCCCUUAAUUGUGAAUCUCCCUAUGUGGGGGUCACCUGGGGCUGCGAACUGAAAUGACAGCAAAACUGCUCCUUGUGCCAGGUGGCCUAUAUUGCAGCUGGCCUGUCAGCUCCCCUCCCCCGGUCUCCCUUUCCUCCCUCAGAUCCCUCCUGAAGCCCCAGUUCCCUUAUGGACCCUCGUCCCUGCACUGCCUGGCACUGGGACUGCUGCUGCCUUGUUUCAUCUGAGUGGGAUUGUGAAUUCCUGGACAGGGCCCCUCCUCUUUCUCCCCCAUCUGUUUGGAGAGGGGCUUUGCACAGGCUCAAGCAAUAGAGCAGUAACCUCUGGCUGUUGGGCGAGUCAGGGAUUGUAUUUCUCUGCCUUUAACACUGUCUUGUUGUAACAGUGGGGAAAGAAUUGCCCUCAGCAGAGCAGCUGUGACCCCCCACAGCCAUGGUUAGAACAGCAGUCAGGAGUCUCUGUGGGUGCCCAUGAGGCAAGGCCCAUCUCUGCCUCUCCCUCCGUCUGGGAAAGGGGGAGAAUGCUGCCGGUGGUCGAAGAGUGCACAGGGUAAGCAGAUGGUCUUUGCUAAGCUUCAUAAAGCCCCUUCCCGAAAAUACAGGGGCGCAGCUGGGCACUUGCCCAGCCACUAAAACCCAUAUUCUCUAGUCAGUCACCUUAAACCAAGUCCACGUCUGACGUGCGGCCACUGUGGUGAGAGUGGCUGCUGUGGAGAGAGGCUGGGCUGGCCGGAGACGUGAGUGCCGCGAAAGAGUGGCAGUUGCUUCCUGUUCCUGCCGGCUCUGUCCCCACACAACGCGUCGUCAGAGGGGCCGGUAGCUACGUCUACUUGGGCACACAGGAGCUAGUGCUUGUGUGUGUUGUCCAGCGACCUCACUGCACUGCCGUCACCUUGAAAACACCCCCUUCGUUCUUCCUGGCUGCUAAAAGAAAACUGAGCAGCCAGGAGCUCUGUGCAAAGCGGGGUGAGAUCUCCAAACCCCGUCUCUUCAACACACUUACACCCCCGUCCCCACUUCCUCUCUCCUGGAGACUGACGCCCACAUGUUUGUUACAGACACCCUGUGUUUAGAAACUGACCUGUCUGUGUUCCGUGGAUCUCGUACUCUGGGCGUAAUAAACACUGGCCUGGGCCUUCUCUUUGUUCCUUCUCUUGGAUUGUCGAGAGUGUCUCCCCCCCGCUCAAGUAGCGUCACCUCGAUCAGAUCCAGGCUUUGCUGACUGCCUGGGUGCAUCCCAGCAGUAAAGCCCAGUCCUUGGUGCGCGAGCGCUUCUGCUCCAGAGGCGGAGAUGAGCGUGUGGGUUUCUCUGAGUCUACUAAUAAACUGGUUUCACAUCAGA